UUAGCCAAUCGCUGUAGAUGUGCCAUUGUCAAGACCCGCCUACGUAUACUAUAAACCUUUGGAGACAUCUUUCGGAUGAAGUCGUAUGAAUUAUUAUCAUUGACCAACUGAAAAUACUUAAUUAACGUUGUAACUACAAUGGAGCUCCUGAGACUUUGCUGGUGUAUAUAUCUUGGCAAUGUCUUUAUACACUGGUGUUGCGUGUCAGGUCUUGGGGUCAACGAGUUGUUAUAUUUCCGAGUGAUCAGCCCUGAGGACAUAGGCUACAUCUUCAGUGCUGCGCCCGCCAAGGAUUUUGGAGGAGACUUUGUGUCUUCCUAUGAUGAGAUCUACUUGGUGCCAGCAGAACCAGCCGAUGGAUGUUCAGAGCUCAAAAACAGAGGACUGAUUCACGGACAAGUGAUCCUCCUGGAGAGGGGGGGCUGCUCCUUUGUCCACAAGGCCCGAGCAGUGGAGGAGGCUGGGGGCACAGCCGUGCUCAUAGCGGACGACGCAGCGGACAACGACAGCCAGUUUCUGGACAUGAUCACGGACGGUAGCACAGCCAAGCCCAGCAUACCCGCUCUGUUCCUGCUGGGACGGGAUGGAUUGAUGAUCAGAAGGUCCCUCCAAAGACAAUCCCUGCCCUGGGCUGUGAUCUCCAUUCCUGUCAAUGUGUCCUCACUGGCCUCUUUCCCUCUCAAACAGCCCCCCUGGACACUGUGGUAGCCCGACCACACACACACACACACACACACUCACAGAGGUACCUGCACAUUCAAACACUUCUACAAACAGCCUCUGUAAGAGCUUGAUCACACAAAGACACCCUGAUGUAAACAAACCCCCUGGACUCUCCGGUUGGUUAAGAGGGAGAGACUAACAGUAUUAGUGUCUAUCACCCUGGACUCCGAUUGUCUGUCAUUAGAGAGGAACUCUGACAUCCUACACUCUGAUUGGCUAUUAUUGGGAAGGAACAACGCCAUCCUGUAUUUGGAUUUGCUUAGACUGUGACUGGAAUUACCAUCCUGGACUGGUUAGUACUGGAGAGUUCUCUUAAAGGGACACGCACGGACACACCUGGUCUGGGGGUCGGCCCAUUGCUGGAUGAUGCUCUGAGUGGACUACUUGAACGCAGAAACGCCUGCAGAUCCUCAGAUCUCACUGAGAUGGAUGGUGCUGACUCACAUGUGGACCUGUGAAUAAGUGGAGACUGGAUGGUAGUGGGCAGGUGGUCGCCAGACUGAUAAAUCAUCCUUGUGUGGCUGUUGCCAUGAUUAAUUACAAGCACAUGACCUGUGUAACAGGCUUGAUUAUGUUUGUGGAUUGUUUAAAACCCAAUUGUAGAAAAAGAAAUAAGGGUAACAGCACACCUGUUAAAUCAAGGGCUGCACCGCCAAGGACUGUGGACUGCUGACCCAUACUGUACACCUAUUGUAGGCCACAUGACAAGCUAGUAUUGCUGUAAUAAUUGUGUGCUACUCAGGUACAGUCUGCUCUGGAGUCGGGGGAUGGGGGAUGGGGGGUGGGGG